AUGUCUCAAAUGGAUGACGAUGUUAGACAGAUUGCAAGAAGAAGCCAAAGAUUGAGAAGCAGAGUGGAGAAGGAUGUAGAUAAAGUGUGCCAGAUUUUAAUGACGCUUGACGAGGAAUGCAGGCACAGAAAUGGUGAAGAUCUGCCGAAGGCCUCACUAACAAAACAUUUCAGAGACAUCUACUGGAGUUUAAAGUUGCACCUGUUGUUUCACCUCGGUGAAUCUAACGCUGAUUCAAAGCUCCAAAAUGUGGACCAAAAACACGCAACUGACCCUGGAAGCAAACUCAUGGAAAUUGUAAGUAUAGGCUCUGCAAGACAGCUUGCUGANACAAUGAUGUUUAAAUCAUUAGCGGGAUUCAUCCCGACUUCGGAACAAGGAGGAAGUGGCACAUUCUUGGGUGCAUGUGCAGAGUAUUGUCCCGUUGACCAGCUUCUUGCAGAUGAGGCUUUGUCAGACGAAGAAAACAAACGGAUAAAUGAUAAGUUACUGCGUUACAGGGAACAGUGCACUGUAUUAUAUCGAAACUUCCCAGAUAUUGAAAACAGAUGCAAUGAGAUCGAGGCUAUAAAAGAGAAUCAAAGAGAACUGAGAAAUAUGAAAUCUAAAGUUGCAGAUUUGAGUAAGGAAAUAAGAGAUAAGGUCCACAUUUUUGGUAUAAAACCAGAAUGUAACAUGUAUUUUGGUGGCAGUAACUAGAGUCAUUAAUCAAGGCCCGUCCUUGAUACCCCGGAGACAUUUGAAAACGGUGUUUUCACUUUGAAAACACAUCAUAUGUUCUAUCCACACCAAGCGGGAGAUAUUUGAAAAUGCAGCAAUCGCCGGCAGCAGAAACGCUAGUCCAGUCAGGGGCGUAGCCAGCCAUUUUUUCCAUUUAAGCCCAAAUUGUCCAGCGAAGUCGCAUAUCGAAUUUUGCCAACGUCCGAAAAAAACAACAGCAACAACAACAACAACAGUCAACUAAAUUUUCGUGCCAAAAUAACUUCAAAGUUC